CAGCUUUGGCAGGUGGAGGGAGUAGGUGCGUCUCCUAUUCUGUGGCCAGGGCAUGUGAGAGAAAAUGUGCACCAGCGAAUGGGAGGGAUUACUGGAGCGUCGGCUGGCGAUGCUCCCAGGCUCGCGCGACCCCGGAGGCGGACCCAUUCUCGUGAUCCCGCUGCCCCAGGACCCCAGCCAGCACGACUCCGGGGGCAUCUCCGCCACCGUCAAGUACCUCAAGACCAUCCCAAGCGUGAGUGCCCGGGAGCGCGGCUGGGUGGUGGUGGUGGACGCGCGGGUGUGCCACUACCGCCUUGUCAAGCCCACCGUCAGCACCGUCCGCGCCGCCCUGGGCCACCUGCGUCACCUGUUCGUCGUGCGGCCGGAGGGGUUCUGGGACAAGCAACGCGUGGACUGCCGCAAGAGUGAGGUUGACAGCCAGCCCAUCUUCGUGACGGUGAGCAAGCUGGCGCGUCACAUGGAAGCGUCACAGCUGCCGGUGGAGCUGGGUGGAACGCUGGAGUACGACCACAUGGCCUGGCUCAAGACGCGCAAGGCAUAUGAGGAGUUCGUGGACGAAUGUGAGCGGGCCCGGCGUGACCUGGAGACCCUACAGGUGGAGCUGAGACGCGAGGAGCCGUGCAGCCGUGCCUCCACCCUCCACGACCUGCUCUCCGUCAACACCACCACCUACACGACCAUCACCGCCAGGCCGUCCAUCAUCUUCAACAUGGGCCAGGAGGUGCUGAAGGUGCUGGAGAUGGACGAGGAGUCGGGGUUCAGGGUGUGCGAGGGGCAGGGUGACGCGGCGGAGGCGGCGUCUAGGGUGCGGGCCAUGCUGCACGACCUUCACCUCCUCACCACCGCCGUCGAGGCCUGCUGGAGGAGGCUCAACACCGCCCUCGACACUUAUAUGCAGGUUCGGGAGCUGGAGUCAGAGAUGAACGACAUCGGGCAGUGGCUGGUGUCGGCGGGGCAGACGCUGCUGGCGGAGACGAGCAUUGGCACCACCACGGACCAGGCGGAGGCGCUGCUCAGGGAACACGAGGCCAUCGAGCUCAAGUGUCGGGAGACAUACGGGCGAUGGGCGGGACUGCGUUAUCGGGUGGAGGACGCCUUGGACCGCGGAGACGGGGACCUGCGUGCCUUGGCUGAUCACCGCACCACCACCACAGACCUGCGCUCCCUCAAAGACUACACCGACACCCUCGUCAGGACCUUCGCGUCACGCCUGGACCGCCGGCGCACCCUCAUUUUGGCCUCCGUCAGAUUCCACCGCAUCGCCCACCAGAUGGCGGAGCGCUGCCACAUCCUGCUGCAACCCUACCGCUGGCUGCCCCACACCGAGGACGUGGAACCCCUCAAGAAGACCCUCAGGGAACUCACUGCCAGAAAGGAGGCCAUUGACUACCUCGCCUCUGAAGGAACACGUGCCGGGGAGAAGCUGCUGGACCUCCUGACGGUGGGCGUGAAGGACCUCUCGGGGCGGGACAUCACCCCGGACUACACGGCGGAGCUUAACCACGUGCAUGGCCUCCUGACGGCACAGCAGGAGCACUACAGCAGGGCGGCGCGUCAGGCGGACCUCCAUAAACUGAGGUUACAGCAGAACAUCCAGCUGCUUACGUGUCAGAGGGAUGUGAAGCAGGCGCACCGAUGGCUGAGGGCGCUGCUGGAGGCUCUGGUCAAGGCUCACUCCCACGUUGGCAGGUCCUCGGAGGAGAUACGGAAACUUAAGUCGGAGCACCAGCACUUCCAGGACACAGCCGCGGGGACCUUCGAGUACGGUUAUGAGUCUGCCCGCGCGGCCCUGCUGGUGGAGAAGUCUGCAGGCGGGUCGGUGCUGUGCGAGAGCCGGGCACUGGUCGGGGAGCUGGAGAAAGUGUGGAAAAUGUUCGUGUUGGGCUCACAGGAGCAGCUGACGAGGCUUAGAGUUGCCGGGGUGUUCUUCAGGACGAUGGAGCAGCAUCUGGAGCGCCUGGAUCGCCUAUGUGCCGGCGUGGUGGAGCGGCUGGGGGUGCGUGGGGGCCUUGGCGGGGAUGGGGAGGCGCGCACGCUGCUCUCCGCGCGUGACCGGCUGCUGAGGGAGAUUGGGAGGAAUGUGCGACUUGGGAAGCUGCUGAAGGAGAGACUGACGGACCCCCUCGUGCCUAGCUACAGCCUGAGGGAUCAUAACGAGAACUUACUGGCCCAGGAGUCCAUCACGGAGCGCAUUCAGCACGUGACAGCACGGGCCCAGCACCUCGACGGCCUAAUGUUCCCCUCCGGCCUCACCUCCGCCUCCUCCUCCGCCCCCUCCGCCGCUGCUGCUCCCGCCCCCGCCACGACGCCCUCCCCGCCGCCGCCCUCGCCCCCGGAGCCUCUCUCGCGGGCGGAGACGGAGUAUGAGGGAAGCAGCGGAGCCACUGAGUACUGGACGUGUUCGGAUUGCACCUGUACAGACUCCGGCUCGUAUCACACCUGUCCAGAGUGCCAGCAGCUGCAAGACCUCUUCCUCCAUGACGACACGCGGCCGCCCUCCGAGGAUGACCUGCCCCUCGACGAGAUCCUGAGGCGGAGGUCGAGAUCGAGGUCCAAAUCAGGCUCCAAGGGCAAGGAUGACACGGCGAGGCGGCGCAGCAGGUCAAGGUCGCGGAGUCGGUCCACGCCGCGGCAACUGGACGACGACCCGACCAAGACGCGGCCGAAGACGAAGCGGGAGGCGCCUCAGGACCACCCCGACGCCAUCGAGCGGGCGCGCUGCCGCUCCCGUUCCCGCUCCAAGUCCCUGACGCGGGAGAUCGUGGCGUCCUUCAGGGAGUUCAGGGACAAGGUCACGCGCGGCAGGUCACGUUCCAAGUCACGAGAGCGCAAGGCAGCGGCAACAGCGGCGGCGGAGACGGAGGCGGCGACGGCGGUGACGGAGAACGGUGACGUGCAGAAGGCGGCGGCGGCGGAGGAUGUAGGGCGGGAGGAGCAGAAGCGGAUCCCCGUGUUGGUGCAGAGGGAGGCGCAGACGUCCCCGCCCUUGUCCCAGCCAGCCCCGACCACGCCAGACAAGGCGUGGCGGGAGGUGAGCAGCGAGACUCGUCGGACGCGGGUGGUGCUGCACGGUGGUGACUCUCAGGGGGAUCGAACCCUGACACUGGAACACGUUACGUCGCUCAGGAGGCCGGACGACACCACCGACUCCCGCACCGCCAGGGACUCCUACAGACCCUCAGAGGCCGACGCGCCCCCCGUGCCGCCGCCGCCGCUGCGUGACCCCGGAGGCGAGGCGCAGCAGGGGGUGAGGCUGGUCCCCGUGGAGGCGACCCCAGAACACUCCUCGCCGUCCGACCAUCCCUACACUUCCUCGUCCCCGGACAAGUCUGGCACGUCCCCCGACAAGGAGUCAGACCGGGAGGCCCGCAGCGCCACGCCCCGCACAGGCACCCGAGGAAGCGUAGACGGAGUGGACGUGACUGGCCCCGUGAGCUCCCCGCGCCCCUUCGGUCUCCCGCCGCCCUUCCCACACCCGAAAGGCGGCGAGGACGAGAUAGAGAGGAAGCUGCGCAAGAGCGCUGACUGGCUGGAGCUGCGCGUGGUGGAGCUGACCCCUGGCAUGGUGUAUCUGGGCGCCAACUUACAGGAGGUCGCCCAGCUCCUCGCAGCCCACGAAGAGGUCCUUGCCAAAUUACAGAGCAAGCAAAGCCCCGUCGAGGACCUCCUGAACCAGGCCGACCAGCUCAUCUCCACCCAGCACCCGCGCGCCGAGGUGUACGCCGCCAUGGCCGAGUCGCUGGGCCUCGCCUGGAAGGACCUCAACGCCCAGCUGGAGACGCGGAAGGAGAUACUGGAGAUGGGCGUGGCUUUCCAUACCAAGGCCCAGCAGUACAACGACAGCAUGGAUGCCGCCGAACGAGCCUAUACCGACAACGUACUGCCCCACGAAACCGAUGCCGCCCGACAGAUGCUCAAACAGCUACACGACCACAAGCGGGCGGUGCUGGAGGCGUCCAUGCACACCCUUCAGGAGGCACAGACGCUGCUUGGGCGCCUCCGAAGCAUGACCGCGGAGGGUGCCACGCUCGACUCCCGCCCUCUGCACAUCAGGACCAACAUAGACUUCGCCUGCUCCCAGAUCGAGCACUACCUGGAAUCCCUUCACGACCGCCGGAGGUUCCUGGACGGUCUCUUCAUCGCCCGGAAGCGCCACCUGGAGGAAUGCCUCGCCCUCUGUCUGCUCUACCAGGACCUGACGGAGACGGUGACGGCCCUCAGGCAGCUGCGGGAUGAUGUGUCGCAGCACCAGAGUUUGGGCGACUCGCAGAGCAACGCCGAGAUCCUCCUGCAUGAACACCUCAAGAGGGAAGCCGCGGCCAAGGAGCACCAGGAUAGAUGCAUCCACCUCCUGAAGACCGCCGAGACCAUGGCCUCCAGGGGUCACUACGCCGGGCUGGAGGCGAGGUCCCGCGCCUACUCCGUGCUGGAGGCCGCCACAGCGCUGCACGAGACAUGUGACACCCGCUCGGCCCUCCUGCAGCAGGCCAUCCUCUUCUUCAAGCUGGCGCAGACCGCCCUGACCAAGCUGGACCAGGCCGAGGUGCAGGUGGCCAGCAUGGCGGGUGAGGGCGCCCAGCGGCUUUCCCUCAUCGUAGGCGUGGUGGAGGAGGCGGUGCAGCCGGCGCUCACUGAGGGCUGCGCUAUCCUCGAGGUCACCGGUGGAAGGAACCAACCGCACAAUAGGGGCAUCACUGAGCUGGUGGAGGAGCUGGAGCGGCGCCGCGCCCACCUGUCCUCCACGUGCGUCAGCAACACCGAGCAGGUCCUGCAACGCACCGAGCUCUCCAACGCCUUCCUCGAGGAGCACAACGCGAUCGAGUCCUGGCUGGUGCGUGUCGGGGAUGCCUUCCUGCAGGGCCACCAGGACUCCGGCGGCUCCCUCAGCCUGGCCAAGGACUUCCUGCACCUCCACCAGACGCUCACACGCGACGUCGCGGAAAAGAAGACUGAGAUUGACUCCCUUGCGACCUUCCUCGAGAAGCUUCUGCCUGACCUCUCCCUGGAGGACGGGGCGAGCUACAAGGACAAGAUGCAGGCCCUCUAUGACCACUGGGAGGCCCUCAGGAAGCUGCUGGGCGCACGCAUUGGCAUCUGUGAGAAGUAUGUCAAGUUCCACGAGGCCGCCGAGGCUGUGAACGGCGAGUUUGAGUCCUUCGAGCUGCUGCUGAAGGAGGCCAAAGGAGAGGACGACAGGGACCUGGUGGAGGCCAAGUGGGAGCAGCUGCAGAAGCACUACCAGGACCUCUGCAACACUGGACGGGCCUUCUGCCAAGAGGCCAAGAAUGUGGAUGACCCUUACCUGGACACCAACCGAGCCAUCCUGUGCGUGGAGAACAUCCUGGACCACCUGGGCAAGCGGCGGCUGGUGAUCACCGACCUCCACACCCACUUCCACAUGAAGCUGACCACCACCAAAGAGAUGACCAUGCUCUUCAACACUUACCGGGACAACAUCAGGAAGAUGCAGGACGAGAUGGCCGAGAUGGAGAACAGCUUCUGCCCGCUGCUGAGGGGUGACGUUGGCGACCCCGAGGGCAUGGCAAACACCCUGGAGCAGUGCCUGGCCAUCUACGUGUCGGCCGUGAAGAAGACGCAGGAGGACAUUCAGGACAUGAUCACGAGGGCCGAGGUCAUGUCCUACAAAGGUGACGAGCCAGGCCAGAGGGACGAGGUCAUUGGCUCCCUCCUGCACCUUUACCAGAACCUGCAGAACAAGGCCACCGACUACCAGAUCCUCGGACACAUGUUGAUUCAGUGGUGCCGCAACAUUGCCGAGAUCCACCGGUCCUGUGACAAGCUGGAGGGCCAGUUCGACAUGGUGAGCCUGGACAUCGGCGGCGUGGAGGGCCAGCUGAGGGAGCACGAGGCCUCCAAGCAGGCUGUGUCCGAGCUUCUCAAGUUUGCCCAGAACGAAGCAGACUCCAUCAUGACGAAGAUUAGGGACCAGUGUCCUCCUCACCCCGGGGCACAGGACAUUGCCACCAUGGAGGAGAUGCUGGUGCGCCGCGGGAAGGAGUUUGAUGUGAACUGGACGCAGCACCAGAAGAUGUUGGAGAGGCAACUGAAGCGCUCGCAGUACCAUGUUGACCUUCAGGUGAUCAGUGACCAGCUGCGUGACUUGAGCGAACAGCUGAGUCGCAUGCGAGGCCACUAUGGUGACUCCCUGGCCGCAGCCACCAACAUGCAGGGGGCCUUCAACCAGUUCCAGCAGACAGUGGACGUGCUUGAGAAACGCAUCCAGGGCUUCGUGUCCACCACCACCAAGAUGCUCGGCCCCGAGGACGACUCUGGCGAAGUGCAGGCAGACCUCGCCGAGCUGGAGAAGAAGUGGUCCACCUUCCAGAUGCAGGUCGGGCAGGCAAAGAACUCCAUCGAGCUCUCCAUCGUGUUCUACAGACUGGUGGAGGAUGCUGAGGACUGGUUUAAGGAGGGCACAAGACUCCUGGUUGAGGUUGCCGGCGAGACCGUCAACAUCAAGAACCCCGAGCAAGCUGAGCGUCUGAGGUCCCGGAUCGAGCACUUCCUCAAGCCCGGGGAGGACACGCAGCAGGAGCGCAUCACCCAGAUCUCCACCCUGGCGCAGGAGCUGUACGGCGACACCCAGCCCAAGACGGUUGAAGUUAUGAGCCACCAAAACACUCAAAUAGUUGAGAGUUUGAGAGUCAUCAUGCGGAAUUUGGGUUUGAUGGUGGAGAACCUUAAGGCCGCAGAGGACCUCAAUGAGACGCAGAAGAAGGAAAAAGAGGAGCUCACGGCUUCUCUUGCAGCAGCUCAGGCAGAGGCCGAGGCUGCACGACUGGCGGCCCUGGCAGCAGAGGAGGCCAGGCGGGCAGCAGAGGAGGCUGCCGAGGCCAUGGCCAUUCCCAUCGAGCCAAUUGUCCCAGAAAAGGUUGAGAUAGAGAUCCAGACGGAGGCCAUUCCCCUGCCCCCUGAGGAGCCCCCGAAGAAGGAGGAAUCACCGCCGCUCAAGAAGGCGAAGAUGAUCGACGACGAGCCGCAGCCCAUGGCACCGAUCUUCCUCACCCCCCUCGUGGGCGCCACCGUCACCGAGGGCGUCAAGUUCACCUUCGAGUGCAGGGUCCUCGGCGUGCCCAUGCCCGAGGUGGAGUGGCUUAAGGACAGCCGCCCCGUCACCGACAACCCCGACUACAAGACCUUCUACGAGGAGGGCGUGUGCUCCCUCACCAUCGAGGAGACCUUCACCGAGGACUCAGCGCUCUUCAUCUGCCGGGCGGUGAACGGCGCCGGCAUCGCUGAGACGUCCGCCACGCUCAUCGUCAAGGAAGCCGAGCCCAUUGAGGUCCUGUCCCCGCCGGUAUUCACCCGCCGCCUGGAGGACACCACGGCACAGGAGGGCUCGUCCUUCCAGCUGGAGGCCACCGUGGAGGGCAACCCGCUCCCCACUGUCUCCUGGGCCAAGAACGGGACCUCUGUGGACGAGUCUCCAGACUAUGUCAUCACCUUCAACAACGGGGAGUGUGUGCUGAGGUUCGAGGAAGUGUUUCUGGAGGACGAGGCGGACUACUCCUGCCGCGCCACCAACGACCUGGGGGAGGACAGCUGCAAGGCCCACCUCACUGUCAAUCCCGUGGAGGUCUCAGAGCGCCCCAAGUUCACGAUGCCGCUGAGCAAUGUGAUGGCGAGGGCGGGACAGAAGUUCAAGCUGGAGUGCCAGGUGACGGGACUGCCCACCCCUACUGUCACCUGGUUCCACAACAGCAAACCGGUGAAGGAGACGCCCGACUGUAAGAUCUCGUUUGACGGCAGUGUGGCAACCCUGGUGAUGGCCGAGGCCUUCCCCAAGAAUGCCGGCCUCUACACCGUGGUGGCCAAGAACUCGGCUGGGGAGGGCCAGUGCUCCGCCAACGUGUCCGUCAAGGGUCGCAUCCCAACUGAGACCAGCGACUCAGAGGUGACGUCCGACAUUGAUGUGGAGCCCAUUAAGCCGUCGGUGCAGAUGGCCCUGAAGGACACCGCCGUCACCGAGGGUCAGAGUGCCAGGCUGGACUGUGUCAUUGUGGGGCAGCCUGAGCCAGAGGUGAUAUGGUACCACGACGACACACCAGUCAAAGAAUCCAAUGACUUCAAGCUGCUGUUCCAUGGUGACCGCUGCUCCCUGGUCAUCCACGAGGCCUACCUGGAGGAUGCCGGGAUCUACCGUGUGGUGGCGAUGAACUCUGCCGGCGAGGCAUCCACAGCUUGCUUCCUGAACGUGGAGCGUGAGUCCGCCCCAGAGUUGCCUCCGCCACCACCAGCCCCAGAGACACCCACGGUUGUUGCUCCAAGGUUCUCGCUUCUGCUGACAGACCAACACGUGGUGGAGGGAAAGCCUGUCAACCUGAGGGCCACAGUCACCGGCCAGCCCAGGCCCACCGUGGCGUGGUUCAAGGAUGCCAUGCCACUGCUGCCGGAUAAUGACUUACAGAUUCACGAGAGUUCCGACGGCAGUGUGAGCAUGACCAUCCACUCCACCACCCUGGACCACACCGGCCAGUAUGAAAUUGUGGCCUCAAACACUGCAGGGACAGCGAAGUGCUUGGCCUACCUCAGCAUUGAGCCCCGCCUGCCCACACCUCCCCCGACAGACAACAUGGAGCCCCCGGUGUUCACGAAGCUGCUCAACAAUACCGUCGUCACUGCCGGCAACAGUGUCAGAUUUGAGGCGGAGGUGACAGGCGUGCCGACCCCCACGGUGACGUGGACGCUGAACGACUGCCCCAUCACAGGCCAGGAGUACCAGCGCGGCCACCUGCAAUACGUGUUGGGCGGCAGCGGCAACAGGCACACGCUGGACCUGCCCGUGACCUCCAUGAUGCAGGCCGGCAGGAUGACCCUCACCGCCGAGAACGCGGUGGGCAAGGCCGUGUCCGCCGCCACCCUCAGAGUGAUCGAGCCGCUGGUCCUGGUGACGGAGCCCGCAGCCAUGCCUCAACACGUGCGCGAGGAGAGCCACAUCUCCACCACCACCUCCUCCUCCACCAUCAUGAAGCAGUCGACGGUGGUGGAGUCGAGCAGCUUCUCCAAGGUGAUCACCUCCGAUGGCGUGGCCGACGAGAAGAAGCACUCCAUGUCCUCCGCUGCCUCGUCGCAGGUCGUUAUGGCCACCGGGCAGCCCACGGUUGAGGUCCACAGCGCCCGCCUGCAGGAGAUGAGGCAGGAAGGAGACGCCCCCCCCGUGGUCUCUGAUAAGAUGAGCCUGAUCAAGAAGGAGGGCGAGGUGGUGACUCAGGAGAUCGUGAAGGACAUUGUUGCUCAGCCGCUCUCUCCGCCGCCGCAGCAGAAGAAGAUCCUGGCGGCCAAGAAGAAGUCCUCGCCGGCUCGCUUCGUGGCGCCCAUGCAGGGAGUCAUAACCAAGGAGGACAGCCAAGUGGUGCUAGAGUGUGUUAUCGAUGGCCACCCCGAGCCGACAGUGACGUGGACGCACAACGGCGGUCCACUGAGCAGCGACGCAGCGGUGGACACACGGCUCAACAAGACGGUGCUCACCAUCCCCAAGGUGAAGCAGAGUCACGCCGGCCAGUACACCUGCCUGCUCGAGAACGACGCUGGCUCGGCCCAGUGCACCUGUGAUGUCAUUGUCAAGAAGACCCAGUUCCCUCCCGUCAUCUCGAAGCGUCUUCAGCCCAAGGUGGUGGGCGUCAACGAGCGGCUGCACCUGGAGAUUGACGUGACGGGCACACCCUCGCCCACCAUCACCUGGAGCAAGGACGGCCAGCCCCUGCAGCCCAGCGAUCACAUCACCCUCAGGUCGGAGGGCACCAGGCACCUCCUCAUCAUCCCGCAAGCCGAGCCAACAGACUCCGGCCGCUACGGUGUGAAGGCCACCAACGCCGCCGGCCGGGCCGAGUCCCUGGCGGACGUGAUGGUGACGCCACUCAUCAUGGACAAGGCGCCCACCACACACAAGAUUGCCUUCACGGAGAUCACUGAUGAGGCCAAGAGGAAUAUCGAAUCUCAGGAGGAAGGCCAUGUGAAAACUAUAAAGCGAAAUAUAGAGGAAGUAGCGGUCGAGGCUCCCCCGAUCGCCUCCCCGUUAAAGAUCCAAAAGGCUCCUGUAGAAACCCCCCAGCCGCCCCCUCCCUCAGGGCCCAUAGCUAAAGAGGAGGCUGAGGUCAGACAGCCUAUUGGAAAGUUAGCAAAGAUAUGGCCGCCUCCACCAUCAGACUCCAAGAACGUUCCAAAGAUCGACACGAGCGUGGAAAUAACCUCCAACAAUGUGUCCUCCAUCAUUGAAUCCUUCUCAACCGUGACCGAGGAGGAGGCGUUCAUCAGCCACCCACCGCCCCGGCAAGUCACCAGGACCCCUCAGGUUGCCGAGGUGAUGGAUGUUGACCUCCACCCAGAGCCAGCACCAGAGUACGGCAUCAUUGCAGAGCCAGAGCCCAUGCAAGAGGAGCCACAAAUCACAGUAGAGGAGACGCCUGCCCCUGAGCCUGAGCCUGAGCCGGCCUUCCUGGAGUCAGAGCUUCAGCUAAUGGAGGAAUACCAGCGCAUGCCUGCCCCCACCUUCGAGAAGCCCCCGAAGGUUUUGUCUCCGGUCCCUGAAGUAGAGUCUGAGCCUCCGCCCUCCCCAGAGCCUCCAAGGAUUCCUACCCCUGAACCCCCCAAGAUCCCCACUCCAGAGCCCACCCCUGAGCCCCCCAGAGUCCCCACCCCCCAGCCCAUUGUGCCUGUCGAAGAGCCUCCUCCGGCUGAGCCACAAACAGUAAAGGAGGAGAAAACAGAGACCAGCACGAUUGAAACAAACUUUAUUGAGUCUAAGAAGUCCCUGUCGAAAACAAGUUAUUCUGUGGUGGAGACCAAGGUGUACACGACGGGCGGAGUGAUGAGCCCUCCAGCCGAGGAAGUGCAGGGAGCCACCACGGCCAUAACGCAGGUGGUGGACUCCGUUGUUGAGCCGCUCGUCUCGGAGAUUCAGGAGCCAGUGCCUGAGCCAGAGCCAAUGAUCGAAGUCCGAGCAGAACCUGUUGUGGUUGAUGACCUCAUGCAGUACUUUGUUCCUGAGACUGAGCAGGUUAUCGAGUAUAUCCCUCCACCCGAACCAGCAGAGCCGACCCCCUCGCCAGAGCCAGAGCAGACCAGGAAGGAGGAGUUCUAUUCCCAGAAGGUGUCGUCACAAGCGUUCUCGUCCAUGAAGAGUGAAAUGAAAACCAUGUAUGUAUCAAAUGUAACAAAUGUGGAGAUGAAGACAACACCUCAGCCCCAGCCCAAGCUCCAGCCCCUCGUCAUGCCGGAGCCUCUGUACUCCGAGCUCCCCAGCGGUGACGAGGCAGUGAGGCCGCCCAAGCCACCAGAGAAGGACGAUGGAAGGGAGUCCAGGAAGCCAAAGAAGAAACGAGAGUCUGUGAUUCAGAUUGCCAAGAGACUGGAAGAAAAUAUUGUCCCGAUGUCCCCAGAUGAAAUCCCCGGGGGCAUCCGCAUGUUCCCCAGCCCCAAGCAGCCGUCCACCCCGGUACCCACCACUCCAACCAGGGACGCUGAACCUGUGACGGAAGAAAAACCUGCCGUAGAAAUCUUCCCACAGCUGGAGCCGUUCCCCUUCACCGUUGAGGAGAAGCCCAAGCGGGAACGCCCAAGGAGUUUGCCGCCACCGAUGCCGACCAAGUUCGUUCCCGGCACCUUCACGGACAGCGAGUACGACAGUGACUUUGACACUGAGCACCGCUUCCAAUUCAAGAAGAUCAAGUUUGAGGUUCCCGAGCGAGUCCCGCGCUCCCACUCGGCCGGCCAAGAGCCUCUGCCGCCCUCUGCCUUUGACAAGCCGCCAGUCAUUGACUCUUUGAGGCCUGAAAUUGUUAAACCAGAAACAAAACCCAUGGCUGUGGCUGCAAAGGAAAACCCCAAACCAAAGCCAGCAUUUGUGCCAAAGAAAAAGGCAAAGAUUGUUGAAAAGUUUUUGGCAUCAGCUGGAGAGACCGAAGAGAAGGAUGUUAUUAGGCCUGUUCCCAUGAAGCCCAAGGUGCAGGAAACAGUGGCACCAGCGCCAACACCUCCCAGACCAGAGCUUGGGAAAACACAGCAGAUGUCUGUGUCCUCUUCCUUUGAGACGAGAACACAAGUAAUGUCUGUGAGCCAGCGCUCCCAAGUGAGCCAAGUCUCUGCAGUGCAGCAGCAGCCCGAGCCAGUGUUUGAGCUGCAGCCAGAGCCUGAGCCAGUGUAUGAGGUUAUUCCAGAGCCAGAACCUGAACCUGUGUACGAGGCUGUUCCCGAGCCAGAGCCAGUGUAUGAACUCAUGGCAGAGCCAGAGCCAGUGAUUGAGCUCAAACCUGAACCUGCUCCGGUAUACGAGACCAUACCAGAACCCGAACCUGUCCCAGAGCCGGAGCCCGUGUACGAGACAAUAGCAGAGCCUGUUGUGCCCAGACCUAUUCCUAAGUUCAGGCCGGUACAAGCCCCAGUGGCCAGGCCAAGCCCAGUGAUGGCGUCCCCCGCCCCACCGCCGCCACCCUUUGACAUGGCCCUGCCAGCACCUCAACCCAUCGUGGCCCAGACGCAGCAACAGUCUGUCACCCGGAAGGUGGAGGAGCACGUCAGCACCACCAAGAAGGUUGAGAGUAAGGUCAGCAGCAGCUUUGUGACUAAGUCGUUCAAUGUUCAGAAGAAAACCCCGGCCUGGCCGCCCGGCCCCCAAGAGGAGGCGGUCACCGUCAAGACACGCUCCCUGUCCGCUGAACGGCCCCGCGUCACAGAGCCCGUAACUCUUCCCCCCUCGUCCUUCGAGGCCCCGGCAGUGUACUGGACCAGCAGCGUGACACUGAAGGAGAAGAGGAAGUCCUGGCCGCCGCCCUCGCAGCAGACGCCCAUCACGUCAACCAUCACAGAGUCAGUGCUGCAGACCAGUAAAAAAGAGACACAACAGAUUUCAAAACAAGUGACUCAAACAGAAAAGAAACAAAUAAUGAAGCAGACCUACACACCCACAGUUCAUAUUCCCGUCAAACCCAAACCGAUAAUCAAGCCAGUGGCUGCUCCGCCGCCUCCCGUGGUAGAGAGUGUGCCGGCCCCGGUCAUCCCGCUGCCCCCCCUGGAGCCCUUCCCCUUCAAAACUUCUCCAGAGAGGGAGAAGAAGCCAAGAGGUCCACCACCUCCCAUGCCUAAAAAGUUCAUUCCCGGCUCAUUCACUGAGAGUGAGUAUGAGAGUGACUAUGAUUCAAAGUCAGGCUUUUCUAGGAUGUACAUGAGUGACAGCGAGGCCACUGGGUACAAACCUCUCAACAUCAAGAUGAAGAAGGGCAGGACACGGAGGCCCAAGCAAGCGUCACCGCCUGCACCCUCAACACUGGGUCCUCCUCUACCCUUUGAGGUUCAGCCAAUGUGUGUCAGCUUCUCAGAUAUUGAAUAUUCUGAUUUCCCCACCUCAAGGGAGUCAACCCCUGUCCUGGAGAGCAAAAUAUCUAAAGUUCCUCAAAGCAGACCAGCAGUGCACGAGUUGAAAACCUUGGCCUCAGAAAUUUUGCCCGAGCACAAGCCCAUCAGGAUAGCCCAGUCGACCUCCCAACAAAAGGUGCAGACCGUUGCCUCUAAGCCCGCACCAAUCACAACCCCCGUCGCAGCGCCUCCAGCUCCUGUAGCAGCCCCUCAGCCAGUCAGAGAACCCCCUGCCCCUGUGAUGGUGCUGCAGCCUGAACCACCGGCUCCGCUCCUGACAACCGACUCCUCUGAGACAGUCACCAAGAAGGAGGUCAGGGAGGUCACCUCUGAGUCACAAGUCCAGGUGAUUGAGACACAAGAAAGAGGAGUGAGAUCAAUGAAGAAGAUGUUUGAUGUGGGUGGCCCACCUCCCAUGCCACACGGGGUCACAGCCUCCCCCGUCAGGGUACCGUCUCCCUCCCCAGUGCGAGCUGUACCUGCCGUUGUAAGACCCAUGGCUCCUACAGCAUUUGCUCCAGUCCAGGCUCCCGCUCCUGCACCCGCUGCUCCGCCAAGCAUGGCCGUGGUCACAAACAUCCCAGUUGUUCAAGAAUUCAGUUCCGUAGAGAAGACGUCAAGCUCCAGCACCACCCGGGCCAAACCCACGUCUCCCAAGGCAAAGAAGAAGAUGGAGAGCACUCAGAUGGUUGUCCAGGAGCAGGAGGAGAGCGGCUACGCUGCCGACACCGAGGGAACGCUGCCCCGCCGCACUGCAAAGACCGGACAGUCCAUGAGCUCCAGCUUCACAUCCAGCUCAUCCUUUGCCAAGACUGAAUCAUUUGUGUCGUCAUCCUUCACAAGUGAAUCCAAGAGCUUUUCAAGCUCUCAGGUCGGCAGUAUGGACACUUCAUCUUUCCCGAUGGGCUCUGGCUUUCCUGCCAGCAAUGGCUUGACCCCUGGCUCCUUCCCCUUCCCUACCCCCUCCCCUCCUGUAGGCCAGACCUCACAAUUCUCCAGUUCAUGCAAGUCAUCAGAGAGUAAAUCUUCUCAGAUGUAUACUACCAGGUCAGAAGAAACCCGUGAGGAGAGGCGAGGAGGCGAGCACCCGAAGACCAGGGCGGCUCCCCCACCACAGCAGGAGAAGAAACCAAAAUUUGAAGAGUUUAGGAAAGAAUCUCAUGGAAAACCUGGAUCAGGACCUUUCUCCGAAGACACCUUCUACUCCAUGCGGGACGAGAGUGAUGUGACGUCCGACAACACCAGGACUCAGAAGAAGGUUGAGUUCCAAAGUGAAACCCAUGUGGAAGUAAUGUCAGACAAGAAAGUGGAAGUUUAUGAAACAUCAAGUGUGAAUGUGACUCCUCAGCCGCCCAAGAAGCAAACCUUCAAGCAGGAACAGAGAGUAGAACAGAAAGUAAAAGUUGUCCCCAAGGUUGAGAAAACACACCACGUCACAAGAGUCAUCAAGCCAGCCAAGGAAGCCCCCAGACCAGCCUUCACCCAGAGCACCACGUCUGAAAAGUCAAAAGUGACAAUUGAAAUUAUUGAUCAGGAAUCUCAGAGAGCGAAGGCAGCUCAGGUCAAGGCCACACCGAAGCCAAAGCCUGCAGAGAAGAUUCAGCCCGUCGCCAAGCCCCAGUUUAAGCCUGAGAAGAAACCAGAAGUCAGCUUUGCACCAGCGCCCAGGGAGUAUGUCCAAUCCAAGGUUCCCGUGGUGGAGCCCCUCAAGUCAACGGGACUGGUGAAGAUGGCUGUCACGAGGCAAGAGGAGAAGAAAGAGGAGCUCGAUCUUAAGCCUUUUCCCUUCAAGCCUGAGCCAGACAGACCCAAGAAAUCACGAGGACCACCACCCUCCAAGCCAACCAAAUUUGUGAAGGGCGAAUUCCAUGAAAGCGACUAUGAGAGUGAUUAUGAAGGCCGACCGCCCCCGAAGUGGAAACCAGCAGACAGUGACGGUGACGACCACAUGUACGGGACAGUCCAGGCACCAGCAGGCAGACCCAAGGCACACCGGCACCAUGUCAGGACGCCCACACCCCCGACCGCCUUUGAUCAGCCCCCAGAAUUCGAGGGCCCCCCCAGACCCAAAAUAGAUUUCCCCGAGUCAGAACCAGAAGUGGAAAGAGAAGCGUCUCCUGAACUAAUCAUUCCAGAAAAGGUUGAAGUGGUGAAGCCGAUUCCUAAGAUCGUGCCAAAGGAAGCAAAGAUAUUUAAGUCUCAGCCUCCCCCCAGAAGGUCACCCUCCCCAGUCUUGACCCCUGGAUCUCCCCCACUGGAAGACUACGCUCCACCACCUAAGCGACAGCCACCACCACCACAGCCACAGCCGCAGCCUUCCCCCUUUUCCAAUGCUGUAGGAGUGGAAUCAACCAAGAUAACCAAAAUAGCCGAUUCGAGUCAGCAUCACCAGCGCUUUGUGACCAUGCAACAAACAACCCGGGUUAUUAAGUUUACCGACAGCAGAAGCGCGACCUCCACCUCUGAGACCCAGGAAGCAAAGGUCUCCCAGCCAAAGCCCAAGGUAGUUGUGAAGGAGGAACGCAAAGAGAAGCCUCUCCCACAGUUAGAACCUUUCCCCUUCACUCCUGAGCCUGAGAAGCCUAAGAAACCCAAGGGAGCACCGCCACCAACCCCCAAGAAGUUCAGGAAGGGCGAGUUCACAGAGAGCGAUUACGAUAGCGAUUACGAAGCCCGGAUAAGACCCAAGUGGCAGCCUCCCGACAGUGACACCGAAGACCCGUCGUACACUAAAAUAAAGCCAGUUUUGCGCUUGGAUCGAACGCCUUCAAAGACCAGAGAGCGCACCCCCACACCACCCACUCAGUUUGACACUCCCACUGAGACCGGCGGACCGUGGCGGCCAAAAGUUGAGGCACCUCCACCACCAAUGAUCAUAAGGGAACCCAGCCCAGAAAUUAUAGUCCCCAAAGAACCACCAAAGAAAGUUGUAACGGCGAAGAAAGCAGUGAAGAAAGUCGUGUAUGUGGAAGAGAGAGCUCCAUCUCCGCCUCUCCCACCACCCGGCACUCCCCCAGAGAUUGGAGUCAUAGAACAGAGGACUGACUAUGUGGUGGACAAGGUGGAUGUGCAGUCGAGGGUCCGUCCUCCUCCCAUGCAAGAAGUGCAGACCUACCAAGAGAAACCCUUCACCAAGGUUAUUGAGAGAACAGAGAAGACCAUCACAAGCAUGAAGAUGGAGGAGGAGCUGCGCAUGAAGAAGGAAAGAAAGGAGAUCAAGAAGACAACCCUCACUGAGUACGAACACAUGCCCGUCACCCAGCCGGCCCCCGUGACCAUGCCAAAAGUCUCCAUGAGAGUAGAGAAAGAGCUGAAGCUAGAGCCAUUCCCAUUUGAGCCAGAGCCACCCAGGUCAAAGAGGGACCGAGCCCCACCGCCUCCAAAGCCUAAGAAAUUUGUAAAAGGCGAGUUCAGAGAGAGCGAUUAUGAUAGUGACUUUGAGGCCAGAAUGCGUCCCAAGUGGAAGCCAGCAGACAGUGAUGUUGAGGACCCGGAAUACACCCCCGUCAGGCCACCCCCACCCUCGGACAGGCGCCCCUCCAGGAGCAAGGAGCGCACCCCCACACCCCCAACACAGUUUGAGGUUCCUCCCCCCACAGGCGAUGGUCCUCUGCGCCCCACCAUUAAGCCCAUUGAGAGGCCCAUGCCAGUGGCCAGGGAGCCAUCACCGGAGGUCUUCAUACCAAAACUCACAGAAAAGCCCUUGCCCACGACCAAGAGGGUGGUGCCUAAAGCCCCCGCCAUCAGGCAACAGGAGCCACCCCCCCCUCCACCCCGGACCCCCACCCCUCCCCUGCCUGAGCCGGGCCCCCAGCCGGAGAUUGGCUACGCCCCGCCCAAGGCCAGGCAGACCCGUCAGGAGGAGGAGGACGUGCACAUCAAGAUGAUCAAGAAGAAAAUUGAAUCCAAGAAAACCUUUGAGAUUGACAUUGAUAUCAAAGAUGUGUAUGAUUUUGUCUCAGAGUCUGAGCAGGACAAGACAGACACAGACACCGGCAAAGCCAAGCCCUUCCCCAAACUUGAACCUUUCCCUUACGAGCCGGAGCCAGGCAGACCAAAGCGCACCCGAGGGCCUCCUCCUCCUCAGCCCAGGAAGUUCCUAAAGGGAGAGUUCAGAGGCAGUGACUACGAGAGUGACUACGACUCUCCCAUCGCCCCCAAGUGGGUGCCUCCUGACAGUGAGGGGGAGGGGCAUGCCUACCGCCGCGUUGCCCCGCCCACCCCGGAGAUGGGCAGGCACCGGGACGAGUCCUCCGGCAGGGGUCCUUCCCCGCCCUCCAAGUUUGACCAGCAGCCGCCACAGUUUGAGGGUCCUCCAAGGCCAGUCAUGGACCUCUCAGACCUUCCCAGAAGAGAGCGAAGAGAGUCCUUGGAGGAAUACUCCAUUCCAAGAUUCCCCAAGGUAGAGUUCAAGCCAUUUGACCUGGAGGAUGAGCAGGAGGCCGGCCGCCCCGUGGGACCAGUGACCACCGACACAGAGACCGAGACAGAGUUCCAGCAAGGAGACAUCGAUAAGAAAUAUGUCAAGUCUGCACAGAAGGUCGUGAGCCACCAGUUUGAGGACAUGACUCAAACAUUCCGCCACAAAGCACAGAAGUUUGCUGAGCAGCUGGUGACUGAAGUGUUUGCUGCCAGGGAGGGCUCAGUGCCUGCUGAGCCAGCAGGUGAACCUCCAACUCUCCCCGAGGAGCUCAAGACACAGGCGGCCACGCCGGACUCUGCGCCCAAGCCACCCACGGCAGAGGAAGUGUCGGCCUCCAUCCAGGAGCCGCAGGUUUACCGAGAUGAGUCCAGAGUCUCAGAGUUCGGCACGAAACACAUUGAUCCGGACACAGGUCUUAUCUACUUCAAAUAUGACUUUGGCUAUGAGUUUGGGGUGGUCCUGCCCGGAGAGGCUAAGAAAGUUGACAAGAAAAGUCAGAUGAACGGAGACCACAGCUCGGACAUCCCGAUCCCCAUCAUACACGAGAAAACCGACGCUUCAAAGAAAUCAGGGACACAGCCAUCCAAGGCCAACGGUCAUGUCCACCACCUGGAAACACCCCACGGCCGGGACCCAACCCUCAAUGACGCCGCACCCAAAGACUCCUCCGUUCUGGGCUCUGGCACUGACCACCUCUCGCCCCAGCCGUCGCAGCAGUCGGACAUCUCAGAAACAGACCGUGAGUAUCAGCAAUACAUGGGCAAGAUGAUUCCAGAGUUUAUCCCCAAGAAACAAGCCCAGUUCCGCCCCAUCUCCGGCGACCCAUACUCAGAUAGUGAGGUGGAGUCUGAUCACCCAAGUCCAGCUAAGAACUCAGAUCCAAGUCCCAGUAUUCAUUCGGGUCCAAAGAGAUUUAUCCCUCUGGUUCCUGGUGCGGCCGUCCAACCCAAGUCUCUUCCUCAAGGGGCCCCGGCUGACGCUCUCUACUCCACCACUGCCCUGGGAGUACUUGGGUCCCCCCUCAGCGCCACACCCCCCUCCACGCCCUCCACACCUUGCUCUGGCCCCCUUACACAGCCCACCCGGCCACCUCAGUACAUCACGCCGCUGCGAGAUCUAUCCGUGGCGGCCGGCGAGGCGCUGCGGCUGGAGUGCGUGGUGCAGGCCGACCCCCCGGUGCAGGUCACAUGGGCCAAGGGCGGGGAUAUCCUGCAGAACGGACCAGAUUACCAGAUAGUCUACAGAAACGGCGUCUGUAGGCUCAUCAUUCCCCAUGUGUUCCCAGAUGAUGAGGGUGUCUACUCAUGCACUGCGGUCAACCUCUUGGGCAUGGACACGACCAGUGCCACCGUCUGCAUCACAGGUGAGAAGAAGUAGCCUUCAAGACAGGUUGAGUCUGCUCAUUCUGCUGCUGGGGUUUCGGCCAUCUCCUUUCACAGACUCACUGGUGAUGGUUGUAGUGGUGGUGGUGAUUUGUUGGAGUCUCUCUGUGGUCUCUUAAAUGGUGCCUUUCUUGCCACCUCACCUCAGCCAGGGCUCAGGUUUUAUACGCUCGGUGGAAUUCGUGCAAGUUACGGUCUAGUACUUCCCUAGUUAGUCGGUGCUAACAACUUUGUAAGCAGCAAUAUGCAGCAAAAGAUUCUGGCCAUGUGAUUCUUGAUAGACCAGUGGAUGAGGUGACUCCUUGUGUAGACAGAAGUACAUACUGAAACUGAUUUGUAUUGUAAUUGUGAUGCAACUGUUUGAUACUGUAGGUCACAGGUUGAGGACUUAAAACUAGAAUCUCUGUUCCCUAAACACUGCCUUCUUCAAGCUGACGUGUAAAGUCCUGUCCACUCGGUGUUCUGUAUCUAGUCAGUGCCGUCAUAAGCCAAGAACGUCUGUCUGUCUUAAUCCUAGUCAAGCUCUUAGGCAUAUCUCUGUGAUCCCGUCCUGCCUGACUUCAUUGGAUUAGAAACACUACUACUGCAUUCUUGACUUGUUUGAAAUGAAAAAAAAGACUAAUUCUCUUGUAGAACUCCAAAAUGAAGAAAGCAAGCAAUUCUGAGCUGCUUUUGUGCCGUGAAGUUAUUUCUGUUUUGUACAUAAAUAUAUUUAAUGCUGUGUCUUCCAUGCCUGUCAUACAAAGUGCCUUGAACACUGCCGUUAUGCUUACAUUGGGCAACGACCUCAUGUCCUUGAGGCAGUCCUUCUCCUGCUUCUGCCUCUCCUCCAUUGUCUUUGUUUCCUACUUUGAAUGAAGCUUCAUACUGCCCUUGAUGCAUGUAUGCCAUUGUAUGUAGACUGACUGCAGACUUGAAAUGUAUGUUGGCAAGGUGCAGUUCUGGCCUCUCCUCACUUUUCUUAGCAAAUGAAGCAUUGGGUUAUGUUUUCAAAUCUAGAACUACUUGCAUUACUUUGCGUCGGCUGUUUCAGUGCAGGCGUUUCCAACAUUUUAAGUUUUAUGGAUUGAUAAUUAAUAAACUGUGUCGCAUGUAUGUGUAAAUUAUCGCGCCAAUGUUAAGUUUCUGCUGUAAAUAUGCCGUAUUUUCAAGCUGCUUCCCAUAUAGUGAUAAAUAACCAUGGUGAAGUAUGACUUCUGAUCAGAGGACUUAAGUAAGCCUAGAGUACUAAGAGAACACACCGCAGGAUAUUGUAGCACGGUUCACAUAUCACUGUUCGAGAAGAGUGAUCUUCCUUUGUUCGCUGUGGACGUCUUGCCAAACCCAUUGUAGCCUCAAAGGUGUCACAAGGUAUACAUUUAAGUUUUGAAGAUGCUUUUAUAUAUGAGAGGGAUAUUUUAAUGAGUAAAUAAAUGAAAAAUAUUUGUGCAGUUUUAUCAUGUUAUUAUGAUAAAUUUGAGUCAAGUUCUCAGUGUUUCUUGAUAACUGGGAGAGCCACCUCCUUGCUGUUGUUUUUAGCUGCUUAGGCAACUGUCUGGCCUCCUUCCCUGGUGGCUUGGUUUAAUAAAACUAUCAAAUUUUA